CUCCCUACGCGCGAACCGUCCCGCCACCGGGUCCGCAUCCACCUUUUCCGGCCGCAGCUCUCAGUGGCUUGGCCAAUCGGCUUCUGCAGGGGGAGAGCUGCUGUCCAUGAGGGCAGACGACCUCCGCAAUCUGGCCUCCCAUUGGCCAGACGGUUGGGGAUAACUGGAUUCCGCUUUCGCGCGUGAAGAUUUCCCGCCGAACGCCGUCCUGGCAGCCGGGAUCGCGGAUCCCUGUCCCGCCAUCAUCCUCACCGCUGGGGCAGAUUCUCCGCUUCUGUGAGGGGCUCCUCUGAUCUUGAGGAGGACGUGGAGUUCUUGGGGCGGCGAGGCGCAGUAGUGGAAGAAAGUCAUAUUCUCUUGGGACUUAUCAUGGAUUUCAUGAAGACUGAAGAGAAUACAUCAUUCAGUGCUACAGGAAAUGACCAGAGUACCAGACCUGAAGCAUCAAAGGAUACUGUCAUAGAGGAGGCAUGUUCUGGCACACCUGUUGAUCAGUCUCUGUCUGACAUACGAGAAUGUAACAGCACCAUUAAAGUUAAAAGUGAAGUCAGUGAGCAUGAAACAUCCUCUGAACGACAGAACCCAUGUGUGAACACCAGUGAAAAAUGUCAUUUCACCUUUAGUUUGAAUGAACACUUCAGGAAGUCAGACCGUAGUGUGUUUACAGCAUUUGGUGGACCCAAUGAGAAUAUCUAUUCAGUUCUGAGUGCUCAUGACUAUUUCAGUGAAAGGAUGAAAAAACAUGUAAAUAAGAACAUCAUUGUUUAUGAAGAAGAAAUAAUAAAAGCGUAUAUAAAUUUAGGAGUGCCUCUCAGAUGCCUACCUAGUGGUUCCCAUUUGAAAAUAACAUUUGGUCAAAGAACAAGUAACCAGAAAGAUGAUCAGUUAUUACGCCCAUGUGAAAAUCCAGACACUGAAUGCAUUCUUUUUCAAGUUGUUGCUAUUAGGAAGACCAUAAAGAAGAUUGUUGUGAUUAAGGAACUUCAUGAACGAGGAACUACACUUUGUGUCUAUGCCUUGAAGGGUGAGACUAUCAAAGAAGCCCUUUGCAAUGAUGGCCGAUUUCUCUCAGAUCUAGACACACUUGAAUGGACAGUAAUAGAAGGUCACAAUAAAAUUUAUGGAAAACAGUCCAUGGUGGAUGAAGUAUCUGGAAAAGUCUUACAAUUGGACAUUCUUAAACUGUCUAUCAAGAAAUGUACCCAUAAAAAAAUUAAAACAGAAGAUGAAAAUGCUACUGAAGAUAUCAGUCUGCAGGCUUUAACACAGUCUAAGAGCAAAGUCCAUGAACCAGAGAAAGAUGGAGAAACUGAAGAUGUAGAACACAACAGAGAAAAAAUUCUCCCAUGUCAGAGUCUAGGGCUUGAUAUUAAACAUAAGACACGCCGGUCCAUUUCCAAAAUUAAACGUUAUUACAAUAAUAAUCUCUACAAAAGACUUAGGAGAAAAACCACGCAAGUUAGGCGAAGGCUCUCUCUAGGUAGGCAAUAUGCUAUUCAGAAAAUCCAAAGGGAGACAACUAAUCUCUGGGUAAAGAAUUUACAAAUAUUGAACAAAGUUACGAUGCAUCAGUAUCCAAAUUUUAAUAAAGAGGCACUUCGGAUACAAAAGCAUUUUCAGGAAAAACGGAAGAGAAUGAAACUGUCAACGUUUAAACAAUUCAGCAUGUAUAAAAAUUACUUUGGAAAAGUGACUGAAAAUUCUGUUUAAGUUGUAAUGUGUGAACGUCUUGUUCAUCUUAAUAAGUCAGUUGGGUUCAUGAAAUGGGACAAUAAUGGAAACACAGGCAAUGCUACUUGCUUUGUUUUCAAUAAUGGUUUUAUUCUCACCUGUAGACAUGUUUUACACCUCAUCGUGGGAGAAAGUACAGAGCCAAAGUCAUGGCCAGAUAUAAUAAGCACAUGUGCAAAGGUCACUUUUGCUUAUAAAGAGUUCUGCCCUAACGAUGUUGAUUGGCUUUCCUUUGAGCCAUGGUUUAUGGUGUCUGGUGAAACUCUAGUUUCAGACAUUCAGUUCAGACAUUUAUAAUGCUUUCCCU